GCUAGCCAGUCAGCGGCCGGCGGUUCAGUUGGUUCAUUAAACUUACUGAGCGGCGUUACAAUAAUAAAAUAUCGUAUUAUAAAUUAUAAUAGACAUCGCGUAUAAUAAAAUAAAAAUAAUAAUAUAUUUGUUCGAGUGUCGGUCGUAUAGUGUCAUAAAUUGAUUAAUAACUGUCGAACGUGUAUGUCGUAUAUGUACUUGCGAAUAAGUGAUGUGUAUAGAAUUAUGUAAAAAUAUUAUACUUUAUUAGUUUUCAUCAACUCACCAAAAUCCACCGAAUGCAAUAUUACAGUAAAGAUUUCAGUUAACGGAAAAAAAUUCGAUUUUAGCCAACAAAUAAUGACCCUCCCUCUAUCAUUCCGGACUAGUUUAAGUUUCGCUACUGCUGUCGGUUACAUAUUGAUUUCACUGAUGUCCAAUGCAAAUGGUCAGAUAGAUUGUUAUGAGUGUACAGUACAUUCACCAGAACCAUAUAUGAACCGAACUACCAGACUAUGUUCGAAGUUUGAUGGUUCCGAUCACUACAAAGUCCACUGUCCCAAUUCGACGUAUUGCAUGAAGAAAUCGUUUCAACUUGAACUACAAGCCGGAAAAAUUGUCAAAGGAAAUGUGAGAGGGUGUACGCCGCAGAAAUAUGAUUAUCAGGUUUACAAGAAUGGGUCGUGGAAAGUCGAGUCGGCCGUCGAAUACGACUCGUUCAAGAACGGAUGUUUUUCCGGCAACGAUGAUCAACUGAGGACGGCGGAAACGCAGUUCUGCUACUGCGAUGAUAACCUUUGCAACAACGCCAAACAGACGACGAACUUUUCAAGUCACACUGACACGAUCGCCGUGAUCAUCAUUUACAAUAUCAUGAGGUUUCUGAAAACCCACACGCAACCGGCAUGACGAUAGCGUUUUAUACACCGUGAGGAGUCUGCAUAUAGAUAUCUUGGCCAAUUGUAUAAAGACUAAAUAAAUAUUAAAUUUAAAAAACCAAAAAUGUUAAAAACAACAUGAACGCGAAUGUGAAUAUUGGCAUUUUUGGUUUUUUACUACACUAAAUGGACCCACGUCCAAAAUGUAUACUGUUAUUAUCUUGUCGUUAUAAUGUAAUAAUUUAUUAAAUAUCUUUUUUUUAAAUCUAGAAUUAUUGUAUAAUAUGUCUAAUUUACCUAUUACAGUAGAGUUAUCAUCGAAUAGUAAACGCAAAUAACGAUAAUAUA